CAAAAAUAAUUUAUUUGUGUUUUGUUCAGAAAUCACUUACUUGCUUCACCAUGAGUCAUUCUAUGAGCAGUCCUAGGAAUAUUCAACUAGUGUUUGAAACUUACCAAAAGGCUCGGUUGGUGUUCGUGCAGACAAUGGCUGAGUUAGCCACGAGGUCUACCAACGUCAAAUGCCUUGAGAGUGCUGGAGUCUUGGAUUUCCUUCGACCGCUCUUGUCGGACCCAUGUACAACAGUAAGACAAUGCGCGCUAGUUGCAGCAGCGAGACUGGGCGAACACGAUGAGGGCGUUGCUAGGCAUCUUCUUAAUGGCGGCAUGGUUACCAUUACGCUCGAAAACCUUCACAAAUACAAUGUGUACUACAAAAGAUCGGCAUUGUAUUUAUUGAGAGCGGUUGCCAAGCACAACGAAGAAUUGGCGUCUGCAUUAGUGCGCUUAGGUGCUUUGGAACACAUAGUGUCUUGCCUGGAAGACUUUGACACUCAGGUGAAGGAAAAUGCAGCAUGGGCUCUGGGUUACACUGGAAAGCAUAGUGAACAUCUAUCUGGACUGGUAAUAGACGCUGGAACAUUGCCACUGCUCAUCUUAGCCUUCCAAGAACCUGAGAUGAGUUUGAAACAGAUUGCCGCCGGGGCUUUAGUGGACUUAGCGCAACAUAAGCCAGAGGCUGUUGUAGAUGCCGGCGCGAUAUGUCAUUUGGUGCGAGGAUUGGAGAAUCAAGAUCCUAAAUUAAAGCGCAGUACCCUAUGUGCACUGGGCGCGGUGGCGUGCGCUCGCCCUGAGCUGGCUGAGGCGGUAGUGGCUGGCGGAGUGUUGCCCCAGGCAUUGCUGCAUGCUGGACAUGAUGCUGCGCCCGUAAGGAGGGCUGCUGCCUGCUUGAUUCGAGACAUUGUUAAGCAUUCUGUUGACCUAGCACAACUGGUGGUGAAUACUGGAGGCUGUGGACCCCUAGUAGAGCUUCUCGCGGAUACAGCGGGUGGUGCACGUGUACCCGCUUGCAUGGCUUUGGGUUACAUCGCAGGACAGUCCGACCAACUUGCCAUGGCAGUUAUUGAGGCUAAGGCUAUCACCCCAUUGGUAGAAAUUCUGCAAAACCCGGCUUCUGAAGACGCGGAGCUGUGCGCCGCCGCGUGGACCCUUGGCCAUAUCGCCAAGCACUCCCCGAGACACAGUCUGGCAGUAGCUGUUGCAAAUGCUCUACCAAAGCUUUUACAGCUUUACACAAUCCCUAAAUCGUCACCGGAAGUGCGAGCGCGUGCUUGCUGUGCGUUGAAGCAGGCACUGCAAUGCUGCCUGCAUAGACCAGCUUUGGAACCCUUGCUGCAUGCAGCACCAGCUUGCAUACUCAAAUAUGUACUUGCACAGUACGCCAAGAUUCUUCCUAACGAUGCCAGAGCCAGACGAUUGUUUGUAUCGACGGGUGCUUUGAAGAGAGUUCAAGAGAUAGACACGGUGCCCGGAACUUCACUGAAGGAGUAUAUCAACAUAAUUAAUAGUUGUUUCCCUGAAGAAAUUGUGAGGUAUUACUCACCGGGCUACUCCGAGUCUUUGUUAGAUAGAGUCGAGGCUUAUACUCCUCAGGUUCCAGAAUUAUUUACAGACAGAGUGCCCAGUGAUUGCCAAAGUGAAUUAACGGUAGAAAACGUCAAUUAAGGUGUGUUUUAUUAAAUUAAAGUGUG